AUGACCAGUCUGCAGCUUUCAGGAAUAACUGCAACUUUACUGCUUGGUGGUCGAACAGCUCAUUCUAGAUUUAAGAUCCCAAUCAAUGCAGAGCCAUCAUCCAUGUGCAAUAUAAGUAAACAAUCUGAUAUCGCAAAACUGAUUAGGCAGAUGACAGCGAUAAUUUGGGAUGAAGCACCAAUGGCUAAUAAAGAGACAAUGAAAUCAUUAAACCGCACAUUGCGAGGCAUAUUAGAAAACAAUAAUCCAUUUGGAGGAAAGGUGAUGGUUAUGGGUGGGAAUUUUCGCCAAGUAUUACCUGUUGUGCCGAAAGGAAGUAAGUUGCAAAUGAUUUAUGCUUCUAUUGUUAAAUCACAUUUGUGGGCAUCAACCAAAAUUCUUCAAUUGCGACAAAAUAUGCAAUCUCUUAAUGAUCAUAAUUUUGCGGAGUAUCUCAUGCGAAUGGGGGAUGGGAUUGAGCGUACCAUAUAUGAGGACUUGGUACACAUAGAAGCACACAUGGCAAUACCAAGAAAAGGUGAGGCAUCAUUACACAAAUUAAUAGAAGAAACUUUUUCAAAUUUGCAAUCUCAUGAGUAG